UGUUUACGACGAAUCAGUGCUCGCGAGACUGUGUCACCUGGACGUACCCUGCCGCAUGCGAUGUUUGCGCUUAGCCACGGCUGCUCAAGGCGCCGGGUAGUGGCGGGACGGCAAGGCGUGGACUACUAUACUUUACUCCCCUCGGGCGCAGUCACAAGAGCACCCUGUUCACCUCUUUCCUCCCCCGCAGUGAGCUUGGAUCAGCAAUUGACGCGGUUUGUGGGGUAUCUCAGCUGUCGUCCAUCCCCCUGCGCGCGAGUCAUGCACUGCGUCAUGGAACGGCCUCUGCAUCUCCCACCGCUGGACCACCGGUCAAAGACGUGCCUAUACAACUCAACAUCAGUGACCAUCCCCCUUAUAGACCACCGCCACUGCGGGGGGCGCGUCUCGGCCCUGUCCGCCCGUCAUCCCCUCUAGUUCCGCACCGCCCGGUCCGUCCCAAUCCGGACCCCCUCAUCCGAGUUACGAGAAACCGGGCCUCUUCUUCCCGUGCCGACACUCUCGUUUGCCCUGCUGACGCCCGUUCCGUGGAACACAUGCACCCCUUGUGGCGCCCAAGUACGUAAUGUCAAGCGAAGAGGGGUUGAG